CGGUUAGCAAGCGACGCGCGGCUCAGCAAGUGCUCUCUUGAGCAUGCGCCAGAGAUCUGAGCAUGCUCAAUGUUGCCGAGGACCCUCUUCGUGUGGGGUUUGGCGCCGGGCAGCGGGUCGGGUCUUCCAGAGCCCUGCUCUUCCCCACGCCUUCCCACGCAGCUGAUUUCCGGUUGGCCUGUGGCAGGACUCAGCCUGCCGAGCGCCGCUUCUCCUAAGAUGGCGGACGGAGGCGACGGCGCGGGAAGGAUGGCUGGAACGGGCGGCGCUGCCCCCGUGAAGCCCUCGGAGCUGGCUGGGCGGUGGGAUGAGAAGCUUGAUUUUCAUACUGCCUUUCUUCAGCAUUUGGCAAAAGUCGUUCCAAACAUAUAUUCUGAUGAAAUGGAUCCCAUAUCACAGAAAGAGGAGGAAAUGGUCCAAAGAAUGAUUCUUUAUCCUUUGGAGUGGCAUUUAUUUGGAGAAGAUCCAGAUACCUGUCUAGAGAAGCUGAGACAGAUUGGUACCUCUCAACUGUGUGGAAAAGUAUUCAAAGGUGGAGAGACAACAUAUUCUUGCAGGGAUUGUGCAAUUGAUCCAACUUGUGUACUUUGCAUGGAUUGCUUCCAGAAUAGCAUUCAUCUAAAUCAUCGUUACAAGAUGCAUACUUCCACUGGAGGAGGAUUUUGUGACUGUGGAGAUACAGAAGCAUGGAAGACUGGACCAGUAUGUACAAAUCAUGAGCUUGGAGUAGGAGAUAAUACUAAAGAGAAUUUGGAAUGCCACUUGAAUGAAGAGGUAAUAGCGCAAGCAAGGAAAAUCUUCCCUUCAGUUAUAAAAUAUAUUGUUCGUAUGACUCUUUGGGAAGAGGAGAAAGAGCUGCCUUCAGAGCUUAUGACUAAUAGAGAGAAAUCAGACAAACACUAUUGUGUCCUUUUCAAUGAUGAGCAUCAUUCUUACGAUCAUGUUAUCUACAGUCUACAAAGAACUCUUGGCUGUGACCUUGGAGAAGCCCAGUUAUAUACUACUGCUAUAGAUAAAGAGGGUCGGAAAGCUGUUAAGAAGGGGUCCUAUGUUGUUUGUCAGGAAGCAAAAGAGGAGAUUAAGAAACAUUCAAAUAAUGUUUCCCAAGGUCCCCUUAAUGUGAUGGUUCUUCACGCAGAUGUAAUGGCUCAUCAGAAAUUUGCUUUACGUCUUGGCUCUUGGUUAAACAAACUUAUGAGCUAUUCAAGUGAUUUUCGUCAGAUAUUCUGUAAAAUAUGUUUAACAGAAGGAGUUGGGAAACCUUGUCUAAUAAGCAUGCUGAUGCUGUGGGAUGCAAAACUUUAUAAAGGAGCAAGGAAGAUCUUACAUGAACUAAUCUUCAGUACUUUUUUUAUGGAAAUGGAAUAUAAAAAACAUUUUGCUAUGGAAUUUGUUAAGCAUUACAAAGCUUUGCAGAGAGAAUAUAUCAGUGAUGAUCAUGAAAGACAGUUUUCUGUGACAGCACUUUCAGUUCAGAUAUUCACUGUACCAACACUGGCUCGCCAUCUAAUUGAAGAGCAAAAUGUCAUCACAGUCAUAACAGAGACACUUCUAGAAGAGCUACCAAAAUAUUUGGAUAAAAAUGGCAAAUUCAAUUUCCAGGGUUACAGCCAAGAGAAAUUGGGCCGAGUGUAUGCAGUCAUAUAUGAUCUUAGAUAUAUUUUAAUCAGUAAACCUACUAUGUGGACAGAUAAACUGCGAGAACAGUUUUUGGAAGGCUUCAAGUCUUUCCUGAAGAUUCUUACUUGUAUGCAGGGAAUGGAGGAAAUAAAGCGACAAGUUGGGCAGCAUAUUGAGGUGGAUCCUGACUGGGAAGCAGCCAUUUCAAUCCAGAUGCAGCUGAAGAACAUCCUCUUAAUGUUUCAGGAGUGGUGUGCCUGUGAUGAAGAGCUCUUGGUUACAGCUUAUAAGGAGUGCCAUGCAGCAGUAAUGAGAUGUAGCAAGUCUACAAGUAAUUAUUCAUGGGACAAAACAGUAAUCAAUUUAUGUGGCCAUACUUUGGAAAACAAGCGUUUCAAGGUAUCGACAGAUCCUGUUAGCAUCCAUCUGCCAUUGUCUAGGAUGUUAGCCGGUCUGCACAUACAGUUGAGCAAAACUGGAGUAAUUUCAAGACUCCAAGAGUUUUUUUCAUCUAAAGAAUUCCAAGUGCAGCUGUUGGUCGAAUAUCCUUUGCGCUGUCUAGCGUUGGUUGCUCAGGUUGCUGCAGAAAUGUGGAGAAGGAAUGGACUGUCUCUAAUCAGCCAGAUGUUUUAUUAUCAGGAUGUUAAAUGUAGAGAAGAAAUGUAUGAUAAGGACAUAAUCCUUUUGCAGAUAGGGGCAGCAUUUAUGGAUCCAAAUAGUUUCCUUUUGCUUGUCCUUCAACGGUAUGAAUUGUUUAAUGCCUUCAGGGAGACACUGCCAACUAAAGACCAGGAUUUCAAUAAGCAAUGUAACACAUUAAUAGAAGAGAUGCUUCAAGUUCUUAUUUAUGUUGUAGGAGAACGAUAUAUCCCAGGAGUAAGUAAUGUGACAAAAGAUUAUGUGACAAUGCGAGAAAUAAUCCAUCUACUCUGCAUUGAACCAAUGGCACAUAGUGCUAUAGCAAAAUCUUUGCCUAAAGAUGAAAACAAUGAGACUGGUUUGGAGAAGGUAAUCCACAAAGUAGCCAUAUUCAAAAAGCCCGGUGUAUCAAGCCAUGGAGUUUAUGAAUUGAAGGAAGAAUGCCUCAAGGAGUACAAUGUAUUUUUUUACCAUUAUACCAAGACUCAGCACAGUAAGGCUGAACAUAUGGAAAAGAAAAGAAGAGUACAAGAAAAUAAAGAUGAAGCACUACCACCACCUACACCUCCAGAAUUCAGUGCUGCUUUCAGAAAUGUGGUGAAUGUUCUCAACUGUGAUAUCAUGAUGCUUAUUCUUAGAACUGUCCUGCAAAGAGCACUAGAGCUGGAAAAUCACUUGUGGACAGAAGCUAUGAUACAGAUGGUUCUUCACCUCCUUGCUUUGGGUUUACUUGAAGAGAAACAUCAGUUAGAGCAGAUUCCAGAAGAAGAAGUGACCUUUGACUUCUAUCAUAAAGCUUCAAGAAUGGGAAGCUCUGCUUUGAACGCAAUGAACAUCCUCAUGAUUUUGGAAAAGCUAAAAGGAAUUCAACAGCUGGAAUCACAAAAAGACAUGAUCAACUGGGUACUGCAGAUGUUUGAAACGAUAAAAUGCUUGAGAGAGAAGUCUUAUUUUCCCACAGCCAUCAUUGCACCUAUGUCAGAAUCUACAAAGGUUAAUGAGAUGCAGAGAAUUCAGGAGAAAGAGAAGGCUGAGAGGAAGAGAAAGGCAGAAGUAGCCCGAUUACAUCGCCAAAAGAUCAUGGCUCAGAUGUCUGCUUUACAGAAAAAUUUCAUAGAAACUCAUAAGCUCUUAUAUGAAAACACGCAAGAAACACCAGGAAGAGAUGUUAUGGAAGUGGAGAGGUUCAUACUCCCACAUUAUCAUGUCAGAAUUGCUUUGGGGCCCAAACGAGGCCUGUCUGUUACCGAAAAGGAAAGGCUGACAUGUAUCCUGUGUCAGGAAGAGCAGGAAGUGAUGCUAGAGAGUGCUGCCAUGGUUUUAUCUGCCUCUGUCCAGAAAUCCACUGCCUUAACCCAAUGUAGAGGGAAAAUACUUGGACUUGCAGGAGCAGAAGAUACUGAUCCUCUUUUCAUGGAACCAGACUUGUCAUGCGGAACACACACUGGCAGUUGUGGUCAUGUGAUGCACGCUGCUUGCUGGCAGAAAUACUUUGAAGCCAUUCAACUGAAUUCUCGACAACGUCAUCAUGUUGAACAGGUUUUUGAUUUAGGGAACGGAGAGUACCUUUGCCCACUGUGCAAAUCCCUGUGCAAUACUGUGAUACCAAUUAUUCCUUUGCAAGCAGAGAAGAUAAACAGUGAGGAUGCAGAAAUGGUAGCUCAGCUUCUGUCUUUGCCAAAGUGGCUAGAGAUUGUUAUGGCUCGGAUAGCUGGUUACAACGAGAAAAACAAUAAAGAAACCAGAAUUGCUCCAUCUUUACUUAAUAAAGAAAUGAAAGAUGCUUCAUCUGAAUUCCAUUCUAUACUUAGCUUUGGAGUUCAGCCUUUAGUUGAAUAUUCAAAUAGCAUCAAAGAGAUGGUGGUUCUCUUUGCCACAGCAAUUUACAGAAUUGGAUUACAAGUUGCUCCUAAUGAAGUUGAUCCACGUAUUCCUGUGAUGACUUGGAGCACUUGUGCUUUUACAAUCCAGUGUUUAGAAAAUCUUCUAGAAGAUGAGGGCAAAGCUUUGUUUGGCUCUCUACAAAGUAGACAGCACAGUGGUCUUAAAGCCCUAGUACAAUUUGCAGCUGUUCAGAGGACUACAGUGCCACAAAACCUGAUCCAACAACAUCUUGUACGUCUCCUAGGAGUUCUUUUGCCCAAUUUAAAAGUGGAAGACACCCCAUCUCUUCUAGAUGUAGACCUCUUCCAUGCUUUGGUUGGAUCUGUGUUAUCAUUUCCAUCUUUGUAUUGGGAGGAUAAUGUAGGCUUGCAACCUUCAGCUAUCAGCUCUGCUUGCAACCAACUCUACCUCUUCCACUUGUUUACUAUGGCACACAUAACACAAAUUAUUCUUACUACAACAGCAGAUAAAGAUUGUCCCUCUGCUCAGAUACUGAAUGAUAGUGAAGAAGCACGUGCUGCUGAAUCUUUUUGCAAAGAAAUUUCCAGAUACACAAAUUGUUGCUACAGCUUGCAAGUUCCAGGUUGGUAUUUGUGGGAUUGCAUAAAGAAAGGGAUCACCCCCUACCUCCGCUGCGCUGCUUUGUUCUUCCAUUAUCUGCUGGCAGUACCUCCACCCGAAGAACUUUCAUCCGUUUCAGAGGAAGAUCAGUUCAAGGCACUUUGUGACUACUUGUCUCUACCUACCAAUCUGUUCAUGCUUUUCCAAGAAUAUUGGAAUAUUGUGGAGCCCUUACUUCAGAGUUGGUGCGCUGAUCCUGCUGUACUUUGCUUCCUGGAGGGAAAAAGUAUUGCAAUAAGAUAUCCAAGGGAAAGAAAUAAAUUGAUAGAGCUUCCAGAAGACUACAGCUGCCUUUUGAACCAAGGAUCUCAGUUUAGGUGCCCUCGAUCCUCUGAUGAUGAAACCAAACAUCCUGUCCUAUGUUUGUUUUGUGGGACUAUGUUGUGUUCUCAGAACACCUGCUGUCAAGUGCUAGUAAAUGGAGAAGAGAUGGGGGCUUGCAAUUCACAUGCUGUUUCCUGUGGUGCUGGAGUCUGCAUUUUUCUCAAAAUCAGAGACUGCAGAGUUCUCUUGAUCGGUGGCAAAAAUAGAGGUUCUUUCUAUCCUGCACCAUAUCUAGAUGAAUAUGGAGAAACAGAUCCAAAUCUGAUAAGAGGCAAUCCUCUGCACCUGUGUCAUGAACGAUACCGAAAACUCCAUUCGUUGUGGCGACAGCACUGCAUCAUAGAAGAGAUUGCUCGAAGCCAGGAAACUAAUCACAUCUUUAUGGGAUUUAAUUGGCACCUGCUCUGAGUAUCAGGCUCUUCGAGAUUAAAUUGGCGACACCUCAUUUUGUAAAACAUCACACAAAGAAUACAAAGAAUCUUGGUUUAAGGAAAAACUACUAACCCACAACCACAUAUUAAAACUUGUGGGCAAAAAUUUGCUUAGAAAAAAAAUGCAUGCAUGCAUACAACUUCCCAAAUAUGAAUGCUAAAUGAUCAAAACUGUGUGGAUCAUCA